CGACGAUGAACAAGCCUUUAAAUUACAUUCUCUCAUCGUCAACGCGUUUCCUUCCUCUUCUUUCUCCUCCCUCUCCUCUUCUGUUCAUGGUGGUGGUGGAUGGGAAUCGGAGUUCCACUUCCGUCGGCCAAGAACCGACCGGAGAAUAAAAAACCGCCGAAUAUAGCGUCGACUUCUUCUUCUUCUUCGGCGGUUUCCGUCGUGAAUGCUCGGUUGUCCGAUUCUCCUAUUCUCUUGUUCGUUUACUUCCACAAGGCUUUCCGUGCACAGCUGGCGGAGCUCCACCGUCUCGCCGGUGAUAGGGUCAAGACCGGUUCCUAUCUAGCGGUGGAGCUCCGCCGUAAGUUUGAUUUUCUGAAGCUUGUUUAUAAGUACCAUUCUGCAGCUGAAGAUGAGGUCAUCUUUUCAGCGCUCGAAACACGUGUGAAGAACAUUGCUUUUAAUUAUUCGCUUGAACAUGAUUCCACAGAAGAUCUUUUCACUUCAAUUUUUAACUGGCUACAUGUUCUUGAAGAGGAAAGAGAGAGCAAUUCAGAUGUUCUUCGUGAAGUUGUACUAUGUAUUGGUACCACUCAGUCAUUCAUAUGUCAACAUAUGCUUAAAGAAGAGCGGCAGGUAUUUCCUUUGUUAAUUGAGAACUUUUCAUGUGAAGAACAAGCAUCACUAGUGUGGCAGUUCAUGUGUAGUGUUCCGGUGAUGGUUCUUGAAGAAAUUUUUCCAUGGAUGACAUCUUUACUCUCUCCCAUUGAGAGAUCUGAAGUUGAGAAUUGCGUUAAACAAGUUGUCCCAAAGGAAUUCUCUUUGCAGCUGGUCAUAAACUCUUGGCUAAUUGAUGAUGAUAACCGAUCUUCUUCUUUUUCGGUUCUUACAAAGAUCAUGAACGGAGUACAAUCUGCAAAUAUGAGUAACUCAUCUCAUCAGGCAGAUUCAUCAAAUUGGUUGUUUCAACGUUUUUGGCAGUGGAGUAAAAUGUCAUUCUCUAGUCCAAAUACAGGACACACUCUGGUUCAUGGUAUUCAGCUCUUGCAUAAAGCAAUUAAAAGAGAUUUGUUAGACAUUCAAAAAAUACUAUGCCAAUUGAAGUUUCCAAGCCUUUCAUUGGACCUCAAUGUGCUUGUGGUUCGGCUAAACUUCCUUGCUGAUGUCCUCAUCUUUUAUGGCAAUGCAUUUAAGAAGUUCUUUUAUCCAGUGUUUGAAGAAAUGGUGGGUCAACACUCUUGUGCUUCUAAAAACUUCACCAUAGAUGGCCAUGUGGAAAAUUUCAAGAGGUCUCUAGACAUUGAAACUAGAACAGGGAGUGAAAACUUUGUCAUAACUCUUCGGGAUAAACUGAAUUCCCUUAUACUGAUAGUAUUACAACAGUUUUCUCUAGAGGAAGCAGAGGUAUUCUCCAUCAUCAGCAAGAACUGCAACAUUAAAAUGCAGAGGCAGCUCCUAUACAUGAGCCUUCAUGUCCUACCUCUUGGAUUGCUCAAGUGUGUCAUUAUGUGGUUUUCUGCUCAGUUGUCAGAAGAUGAAUCACAAUCAAUUAUUAACUGCUUAAGCUUGGAAGAUUCCUUUCCCAAUAAACCUUUUGCAAACCUCUUGUUGCAGUGGUUUCGUUUUGGCUAUUCAGGCAAAACAUCAGUUGCAAGUUUCUGGGAUGAGCUGUCCUUUAUGUUCAAACCGAGAUGUCCCACUAAAGAGGAACACGCUAAAGAGGAACACACUGAAGAAGCUUCUUUGCUUGUAUGUCCAGGGAACAAAGAUAAGUCAUCAACAUGGUUCCAGCCAAUGGAGUUACCUCCUGGUUACAUGAAUGAGACACCUUACUCAAGUGCAAUGAAUCAUCAAAUGCUUAUCCCAGGAAACCUCAAGCCUCUUCAACCGCCUCCUUGUUUUCUUGGUGACAAUAUUGGUGAUCGCUUAUCUAUGGACUUGAAACCAAUAGAUCUACUUUUCAUGUUCCACAAGGCAAUGAAGAAGAAUCUAGACUAUCUUGUAAGUGGCUCAACACGACUGGCAUCAGACAGUAGCUUCCUUGGAGAGUUUCAUAAACGGUUUCAUCUCAUAAAGUUCUUGUAUCAAAUACAUUCAGAUGCAGAGGAUGAGAUUGCAUUUCCAGCCCUGGAGGCAAAGGGCAAACUACAAAACAUUAGUCAGUCAUACAGUAUUGAUCACGAACUUGAAGUUGAGCACCUCAAUAAGGUAUCAUUCCUUCUGAAUAAGAUGGCGGUAGUCAGCAUGCUGGAUUCAAAUGUAGUGGACCACAGGAAUGUGAAGUAUGAGAAGUUAUGUUUGAGCCUCCAAGAUGUAUGUAAAUCCAUUCAUAAGCUAUUGUUUGAGCAUAUCCACCGGGAAGAAACUGAGCUAUGGUCUUUGUUCAGAAACUGCUUCACUAUUGAAGAACAAGAGAAAAUCAUAGCAUCCAUGCUUGGAAGAAUGAGUGCAGAAAUAUUGCAAAAUAUGAUUCCCUGGUUAAUGGAAUCUUUGAUCCCUGAUGAGCAACAUGCCGUCAUGUCUUUGUGGCGUCAAGCGACAAGGAAAACAAUGUUUUCUGAAUGGCUAAAGGAAUGGUACAAUAGUCAUGUUGUAGGGGAGGAAACAGGGGAAACAAAAACAGUUCCAUCUGAGGAUCCAGAUCCACUAGACACUGUCUGGAAAUAUCUCUUUGAAGAAGCUGCUGAUGAGGAAAGAGGGAACACUGGCAGCAAGCCUAUGGAAGUUUUAGAGACAAGUUUAAAAGAUGGCAUAAAUAAGCCACUUGAAAAGGUUGCUCCUAAUAGCAAGGCAGAAGUUGGCAACAAAGAGGAGAUUCAUAAAGAAAUCUCAGAGAACAAGAAGGUAUGUACAAGAGCUGAGGAGAGAAUGUAUAAAGAAGAAGCUGACAGUGAUUGCCAGUUCAGAAACUCCACUCAAGCCUACCAAAUAAGCCAACCUGAUCAAGCCAACAAAUAUGAGUGUCUUUUAUCAAUGAGUCAAGAGGAUGUGGAUGCUACAGUUAGAAGAAUUUCUCGUGACUCUGCUUUGGAUCCUCAGAAGAAAUCAUAUAUCAUGCAAAACUUCUUAAUGAGCCGUUGGAUUGCCACACAGCGGAUACAUAAUCCUGAACCAUCCAUUCUCUCAAACAAUAUGGAAGUAGUUCCUGGUCAGCACCCAUCUUAUCGAGAUAAUCAUAAGGGGAUCUUUGGUUGCAAACACUAUAAGAGGAGUUGCAAGCUUCUUGCUUCUUGCUGCAACAAGCUUUUCACAUGUAUACGGUGCCAUGAUGAAGAGGUUGAUCACUCAGUAGAUAGGAAACAAGUCACAAAGAUGAUGUGUAUGAAGUGCACGAUUAUUCAGCCAAUAGGUGCGAGCUGCUCAAAUAUUACUUGCAAUUCUUCAAUGGGAAAAUAUUACUGCAAAAUCUGCAAACUAUUUGAUGAUGAAAGAGAAAUCUAUCAUUGUCCAUAUUGUAAUCUCUGCAGAGUAGGCAAAGGAUUGGGCAUUGACUACUUCCAUUGCAUGAAAUGCAAUGCUUGUAUGUCACGGACCAUAGUCGAACAUAUAUGCAGAGAAAAGUGCUUAGAAGAUAAUUGCCCAAUUUGUCACGAGUACAUUUUUACCUCGAACUCUCCGGUGAAGGCUCUUCCAUGUGGUCAUGUGAUGCACUCAGCAUGCUUUCAGGAGUACACAUGUUCACAUUACACAUGCCCAGUUUGCAGCAAGUCACUAGGGGAUAUGCAGGUUUACUUUAGAAUGUUAGAUGCACUGCUCGCAGAACAAAAGAUGCCAGAUGAAUACUUAAACCAAACUCAGGUAAUACUAUGUAAUGACUGUGGGAGAAAGGGAAAUGUUCCUUACCACUGGCUCUAUCACAAGUGCUCUUGCUGUGCCUCAUACAACACUAGACUUCUCUAACUCGUCCAAUAUCCCAUUAUUUUUCUGUUGUAAAUGAGAAACUCUUUUUUUUUCUGUAACGCAUAAAUGAGCAAGUCUAAACAUUUUCUUUUCUUUUUGAAAGCAUUUGACUUUGUAUGAAAAAUAAUAUUCGACAUACAGUUAAUAAUUUUAUGGG